GUGCAGUCGGCUCCAGGUGAACAUUUAUGGAUCGACACCAACGCGUCUGGAGACCUGUGUUACGUACCUGAACCAGAAUGCUGUAAACCAACAACCGAAGAAAAGAGAAACAAUUCUCAAUGCUCUUUAAGGCGCUAUAGCACAGUCAAGACUCACAUCAGAAGCAGAGUGUCUGACAUACUGGAUCUGGAGAGUCAACGGCAAGAAUGUACACUCAAUGCCUGUACUACGCAUAAAAGUGUCGUAAUCACGCAGACAGCCCACAAUGGCAAGCAAACACAAGUCACUGACUUUGAUCCUAAGGAGUUCCAGUCCAGUAACAGCCUUGGUGGAUUGAGGAAAGCAGAUCCGUCACUUGAUUGCUGUUUACACGUUACGCUAACUAUCCUUCACUCUAAAACCACCUUCGAUCAUACAUUAGAUCCGGUGGAAAAAAGAAGUGCACUGUGUGUCGCAUUACUUGUCACGUCAAAUGCAUGGACUCGGUAG